AUGGCGUUUGCUGGGACAAAUGUCAGUUUGUCCCAGCCGGAUAUCACGCAAAAUCUGACGGAGCGCACAGAUGAUCUGAAGCAGAGUAUCGCUGCUUGGGGAAAGCGGAUUCGGCGAUAUACCGAGAGGUCGACACGGUUCAACCAGAAUCGUCUCUUCCAGAGUGAUCAGAAGAGGCUCUAUGAAUCAUUGGAGCGACCAAUGGUAAGUGGAACGGGUCCAGCACCGAAUCAGGCCGACACUGUAGCAUUCUGGCGCGACCUGUGGUCAGAGCCCGUAAACCACAGCGAGGGCCCUUGGACGGAAGUUGUGGCGAGUCAGUGUGCGGGUAUUACGCCCAUGGACCCCGUCAUCAUAACGCCGGAUGACGUAGCUGAAACGGUCCUUAGGGCCCCGAACUGGAAAAGUCCGGGGCUUGACGGGCUGCAUCACUACUGGCUGAAGGGGUUCAUGAAGUACAGCACUGAAAAGUUGCCUAAGUACCCGCGGUUAUCUGAAGAAAUCCGACAGUUAAGGCGACAGCAGCAGGUACUUAUCGUCCCGCUGAUUCUCUCUACCACGGGAGUUGUUCCUAAAUCCCUUACUGACAAUUUAGCUAAGAUUUCAGUGAGGGUGAGGAACAAAAUUCAAAAAGCUGUAAUUUUGGAUACGACAGCGAUAGUACGUCGCCACCUCACAAUUUAA